AUGGCCGUUUGUGCAGCACCUACAUGUGGUAACGAAACGGAGUCACAGCUCAAAUGCCCUGUUUGUCUUAAGGGCCUGGUGGAGUCAGUUUUUUGCAACCAGACAUGUUUCAGAGCCGGCUGGGCCGUUCACAAAGCCGUCCAUCCAGCCGAGGACGGAAAGGAAUUUGAUCCUUUUCCAAACUUUACUUAUACUGGUCCGUUGAGACCAGCGUACCCAUUGCUGCCUCGGAGACCAGUGCUCAAGGAUAUCAAAAAGCCCGAUUACGCUCAGCAUGGAAAACCAAUCAGCGAGAUGAAAAACGACAGAACAGGCAAAAUCACCAUCUUGCAGGAGCACGAAAUCAACAAAAUGCGCAAGGUGGGCAAGAUCUCGAGGGCUAUUAUUGACAAGGUUGCAUCUCACAUCAAGCCCGGUGUCACUACUGACGAGCUUGACGCCAUUUUGCAUAAGGAGUGUUUGGCCAGGGGAGCAUACCCAUCUCCUCUCAAUUACUACAACUUCCCCAAGUCCGUGUGCACGUCUGUGAACGAAGUCAUUUGUCACGGUAUUCCUGACCAGCGUAAACUUGAAGACGGAGACAUUCUCAACUUGGACGUUACGAUAUACUUGUACGGCUACCACUCGGAUCUUAAUGAAACCUACUAUGUGGGUGACAAAGCCAAGUGCGACCCUGACACCGUCAGAUUGGUGGAAACUACAAGAGAAGCGUUGGACUUGGCAAUUGCCAAGGUUAAGCCAGGUUUGAUUUUCCGUGAGUUGGGAUCGGUGAUUGAGGAGCAUGCUACCAAAAACGGCUGUUCUGUUGUCAGAACCUACUGUGGCCACGGUAUCAACUCGUUGUUCCACUGUCAGCCUAACAUUCCACAUUACGCCAAAAACAAGGCUAUCGGUAUUGCCAAGCCAGGCAUGGUUUUCACCAUUGAGCCCAUGCUUUGCCUUGGCACGCAUAGGGACUUGACCUGGCCCGACGGAUGGACGGCUGCUACCCAGGACGGUAAAUAUUCUGCUCAAUUCGAGCACAUGUUGUUGGUUACAGAAGAUGGAUGCGAGGUUUUGACUGCCAGAAACGACGACUCGCCAGGUGGUGCGGUGAAGAGGAUAUAA